UAAUAUAUCGAAACCAUGAUGCCACAUCAUCAUUACCCAAGCAACAAGAGUUGUUGAACUUGAACAAAGUCAAGCUCAAACUCUACCAUGAACAUGAACAUGAACAUGAACACAAGACUAAGAUCCAUCAUCAAAAUCCAAACUUCCACACAACCCAUUAUUACAAUACUAAUUCUGUUUUGCUCCAUCAUUCUUCCCGUAUCAUCAACCAAAAAAACCCCACCACUUCCAAUUUUACCCCUCCCAACAGCAUUUCAACUCCAAUGGCAAAAAGACAACAUUGCCCUUUUCUUUCACUUCGGAAUAAACACAUUCACCGACGCAGAAUGGGGUUCCGGUCACGUUAACCCAACUACCUUCAAUCCCACAAAACUAAACGCAUCUCAAUGGAUUCACGUUGCCAAAAAUACCGGUUUUUCUCGAGUUAUGUUAACAGCGAAACACCACGAUGGUUUUUGUUUGUGGCCUUCUGAGUACACUGAUUAUUCGGUGAAGUCCAGUCAUUGGAGAAAUGGGAAAGGUGAUGUUGUUGCUGACCUCGCCGCCGCCGCCAGAGACGCCGGAGUUGGGCUUGGGAUUUAUCUUUCGCCGUGGGAUCGUCAUGAUCCGUGUUAUGGUGAUACUUUGCGGUAUAAUGAGUACUAUUUGGCACAAAUGACUGAGUUACUCACUAGGUAUGGAGAUAUAAAGGACAUUUUUCUGGAUGGUGCAAAAGGAGAAGGGAAGAACAUGAAAUACUUCUUUGAGAGUUGGUUUUCUCUGAUUCACCAGCUCCAACCAGGUGCCACCAUUUUUUCUGAUUCUGGUCCUGAUACAAGAUGGGUUGGUAAUGAACAAGGGGUUGCUGGCUCCACUUGUUGGUCUCUUUUCAACAGGUCUGUCAUUGAAAUUGGUGGUGUCGACAAUGAUCCUCAAUACCAAAAGCAGGGAGAUCCAUUUGGUCCUGAUUGGGUGCCUGCUCUUUGCGACGUCUCUAUCAGACCUGGUUGGUUUUGGCAUGCUUCAGAACAUCCAAAAUCUGCAAGAAAUCUACUUGAAAUAUACUAUAAAUCGGUCGGCCGAAACUGUAAGCUGUUAUUAAAUGUCCCCCCAAACUCCUCAGGCCUUAUUUCACCCGAGGAUAUCAAAGUUCUUCAAGAGUUCCACGAACUCCGCAGUGCCAUAUUUUCCCACAAUUUGGCAGCAAGUGCUUUCCUUAAUGCCAGCAGCACAAGAGGAGGAACCCAAGAAUCUCGCUUUAGUCCCUACAAAGUUCUCGAAGAAGGUAUACACACUUAUUGGGCUCCUGAGGAGAACCAAUCUAAAUGGAUAUUGUACAUAAAUCUCAAAGAGCUAGUAUCCUUUAAUGUUCUGCAUGUUCAAGAGCCUAUUCAUAUGGGACAGAGGGUGAUUGAGUUUCACCUCGAGGCGUUGAACCGAGACGGUAUAUGGAAGAGAGUUGUAAAUGGCACUACAAUCGGAUAUCAGAGGCUGUUGCUAUUUCCAAAAAUAAAAUCUCAGCAUUUGAAGCUAGUUGUUAACAAGUCAAGGGCAGACCCUUUGAUAUCUUACUUAGGAAUCUACAUGGAUCCUGUUACAGUUUUGAGUGAGGACAUGCCUGAUAAAAAAUCAUUUACCUCUUUCAAUGGAACUCAAGCUCUUCACAUUACCACGAUCAAUGAUUCUCGAAGUGCUGCAAUGUAAAUUUUUUACCCCAUUGAUUUGUUUGUAAUUGUAAAAUUUGAAAACAAUUUAAAUAGAAUGUAAACAUUUGAUUUUUGUAUACCCUUUAUAAGUGUGGAAGCUGGAAUCAAAUGAAUUGGUCAUUUUUUUGCUUUUAUUUUUGUUA